UCCAUCCAUUAUCUGAGCUGCUUAUCCUCACGAAGCUCGUCGGGCGUCACGCAAGGCACAGAGAGACAAAAGAAAGAUUUGCGCUCACAUUCACGUCUACGGGCCAUGGAUGGGUUUCCAAUAACGUCGCCGUCACCACCCUUCGACCAAUGGGAUAAAUUAACGAUGGGAAAAAAACCUCCGUGACACACAAGAUGGCGUCAGGGGAAACCUAUCCACGAGGAUGUGGGAGGAAAAGCCACGGCGGGGCCGGGAUUUGAACCGCGGAGGAUUUGGGAGUUUGCGGGUGAACGUGUGGAGCAUCCGCCAUCAUCUUCGCGAUGACAACAAAAUGAGCAAACGUCGAUGAUUAAACCGCGGUGGCCUCGUUCGUUCGUUUUGUUUGUUUGGUUUUUGCUAAUGAUUCAUCGGAGAGGCGACGACCUUUGACAGCGAGCUUGUUUGCAGUGCACGCUGGGCCGUCGGGCAGCAGCGGCAGACGAUUUCCGUCCUGCGAGUCGGACCCGUUGGUCAACCGGCGGUCCCCGGCCCGAAGAGGACCCAACAGGAUGACGUCGGAUCGCGGCCCGCUGACCACGCUGGUGCUCAACACCGGCGACGGCGUUCCCGCCGCCCGCGUGCCCCUCAGCCUGCAUCGACUCGACUCGGAGCUCAAGCUGUGGAACUUGCUCAACGUCGGGACGACGGACGAAGACGGCCGCUGCGGGGGCCUCAUCAGUCGGGACGCCUUCGUCCCGGGAAUGUACAAGAUGCGCUUCGAGACCGCCCCCUACUGGAGCAGCCUGGAACGCCGCUCCUGCUUUCCUUACGCCGAGGUGGUGUUCACCGUCACGGACGCCACGGAAACGGUUCACCUGCCGCUGCUCAUGAGCCGCUUCUCCUACAGCACGCACGUGGAAAGCUGCGAUUUGCCGCUCACCGACCGCCGAGUGCCACCCAAGAUCCGGACUGCGGAAAUGAAACCGGACAUACGCUGGCACGUCGCUGACUGAAUCGUAAACUUUGCUGUUGCGCGGAAGGCCGGGAUUGACCUCCGUGUCUCGUCCGCUCUUGCUUGGUUCCAAGUUAUCAAAUUGAAGUUGAAGUGGUGGGCAAACUUUUUGUCUCGGGAGCAACAUUUUUUUUUUUUUUUUUUUAAAUUAAAGACAAAUCAUGGGCGACAUUGUUCGUUAAUUUGAGAAAGGCAUGCAAAAUUGGUACAUUUUGUCUAGAAUUCCAAAAUGUUCAUUUUUGCUCAUGGCCUUUGUUCUAUUCUUUGCCCGCCCUUCAAUGUCAAAUCCACAUUUUUCUGUGUUUUGUAACUUUUUUUGUUGUUGUUAUUGGGUGUAACAUUCAGUCCAAAAUGCUGCAAAUACAAACCUUCGUCUUCUUGUUUCGCCAGCGUCACGUAAUUGAUUGUGCUGUAAUAUGAGUUAUUUGGAAUGUAUCUUAUUUAAUCAUUUAGCUCAAUAAAAAAAAAAGAAAAA